AUGACGGAGCCUUACGUGCCUUUUUGGAAAAUUCGAAUACCCAAUAUGGUUCUUAGUUUUUCCGUGGUUUUAUUAUUAGUAUGUAUUCAACCUGCAGUUGGAGCUGUUUUUGCUGUCGUGUUUUACAGAAUGUCUGCAUUAUCUGCUUUUUCAUUGAUCAAACCCCCCGAUGAACAAAAUUCCUACACUUAUACGGUUAUUGUUAUUCCAGCUACGGCUGCUGUUGUUAAUUUAAUUUGCGUUACUGUACUUAAUUACGUAUAUGAUCGAUUGGCUGUUUAUCUUACCGAGCUUGAACUUUUGAGAACGCAAACGGAAUUCGAAGAUAGUCUCACAUUGAAAAUUUAUUUAUUUCACUUUGACGAAAAAAUAAUAAUGAAAAAUAAUCACACUUGUAAAUAA